UUGCCCUCCUCUUUCCAGACAGGAGGUGAGGACAUCCCCCUCUAACACUGCCAACAGAGAGAGAGGAGAGGAGAGACCGAGAGAGCGAAACCCCAUAAUGCACUGCACGCUGCAGGGCUGAAGUCGUGCAGAUUCAUCAGUUCCUGUUUGAGGGGUUGUGUGUGUGUGUGUGAGCGUGUGCACCCACAUACGGCCGGAGCAAGCGCAGGAGAAAACACACACACACAAACACACACACAGAGAGAGAGAGAGAGAACCAAGCAGAGAGAAGUGCCUUCAUGUGCUGACCCCCCUAGCCGUCUGGCUUCUCUGAGGCCGCCCGUGCCUGCCCAAGUCCGCCGGAGCCGCUGGAGCCACACCAAAAGCACCAGGGCUGCCAUGACUGCCAACUCCAUCCGCUAAGGCCGUCUCUGUGCAAACGACACCUCCUCCUCCGCCCCCGUAUCCUGCUCUCUCCACCAUCCAUGCCACUCAAGCCUCCUCUGUGAAGGCCCAGCUCCCUCUCCCCCCGCACCUUCUCAGCAGACAAAUAUUGAAGGCAAACAGCUUUUAUCGGCUCCUGCUAGCUGAAGAAAAUUGUUUCACUGCUGUUGUCUCCGCCGGCUCUCCUCUCCUCCAGCUGCUUUCCCCCCUGCCGGCCCCUGCGUUCUGUCAUCAUGGGCCAGGCCUGAUCGAUACCGCGUUGUGCCGUUCAUCUCGUCUGACGGUUUGGCUGACAACUGAGCAAAUUGAGAGAACCGGGGUUGUGCGUGCACACGUGUGCAUUAAGAGAGAGGUUACAAGACAACGCUGUAUGGUCAUCGGCGACACAAGCCUCGGUUGAUAGGCUCUGAAGGACUCCAGUUUAAGCCACAAACAGACUCCUGGGAUGGACCCCAGGUGUUAGGAGAGCCCCCCCAACAGGCUUCUUUCAGAUCACAACCUUGGAGCACAACCUCUGUGUUUUUUGUGUUUUUGUUUUUUGUUUUGGGUUUUUUGUUUUCUCAUGUUCUCAACCUAUCCCUUCUCACCGUUUGCCCCGGUUUUACCAGAGAACAGCAAGCUUGCUGGACAGCUAGCUCCCCCCAAUCGACCCCUUCCUGUUUCAGUUUGAAAUGGCGGUGAAUGUGACACCGAUCCGGGACACAAAGUGGCUGACGCUGGAGGUGUGUCGGGAAUUUCAGAGAGGAACGUGUUCGCGGCCGGACAAUGAGUGCAAGUUCGCCCACCCUGCCAAGAGCUGUCAGGUGGAAAACGGCAGAGUCAUUGCCUGUUUUGACUCACUCAAGGGACGCUGUUCCAGGGAGAACUGCAAGUACCUGCACCCUCCUCCGCACCUAAAGACACAGCUGGAGAUCAAUGGAAGGAACAACCUAAUUCAGCAGAAAAACAUGGCCAUGUUGGCCCAACAGAUGCAGCUCGCCAACGCCAUGAUCCCCGGAGCACAGCUACAACCAGUACCCAUGUUUUCAGUCACGCCCAGCCUUGCAACGAACGCCAACGCCGCCGCAGCGGCAGCAGCCGCUGCAUUUAACCCCUACCUUGGCCCCGUGUCACCUGGCUUGAUGCCCGCCGACAUCUUGCCAAGCGCGCCCGUACUGGUCACCAGCAACCCCAGCGUUCCAGUACCUGCUGCCGCCGCCGCCGCCGCCGCACAGAAGCUCAUGAGGACAGACAGACUGGAGGUUUGCCGGGAAUACCAGCGAGGCAACUGCACUCGAGGGGAGAACGAUUGCCGCUUUGCCCAUCCGUCAGACAGCACUAUGAUUGACACAAACGACAACACAGUCACUGUGUGCAUGGACUACAUAAAGGGCCGCUGCUCGAGGGAGAAGUGCAAGUACUUUCACCCCCCGGCUCACCUGCAGGCCAAAAUCAAAGCCGCCCAGCACCAAGUCAACCAGGCCGCGGCCGCCGCAGCCUUGACUCAGUCGGCUGUCAAAUCGCUGAAGCGACCCCUCGACGCAACUUUUGACCUGGGGCUCCCUCCCGUCUUGCCUCCUUUACCAAAGAGACCUGCACUUGAAAAAGCCAACGGUGCCAACACUAUGUUCAAUGCUGGCGUUUUCCAGUACCAACAGGCCCUGGCCAACAUGCAGUUUCAGCAGCAGGCUGCCUUCAUACCAUCAGGCUCGAUUUUGUGCAUGACACCUGCAACAAGUGUUGUACCCAUGAUGCACGGUGCUUCUCCAGCCACUGUGUCUGCAGCCACCACACCUGCCACAAGUGUUCCCUUUGCAACAGCAACAGCCAACCAGAUUCCAAUAAUAUCUGCGGACCAUCUGACUAGUCACAAGUAUGUGACCCAGAUGUAGGAGUCUCUGUCAGAACAAUGGAACUGGAGGUGGAGCGUGCUGGUGUCAAGUCCAAGAUUAACAGUCAACCUUCAUACAAGUAACAGCGAGAGCCGAGCCGGUUUGGAAUAACAUCUGCAUGUUAGCGUAGAAGGAGCAACUCACUAGAGAGGUUUCUCAUGUGAAGUUCAUGCACAGUUUCACACGACAGACAAAAACAAAAACAAAAAAAAACGGAAGAAGAAUUAGAAGAGCGUCAUUUGUAUUUCAAGACUUGCCUCUCGUUUUGCAGAGGCGACUAACCUUUAUUCACCAGACACAUUUUGAAUGUCGACAUAAGGUUCAUGUGGGGUUGGGGGAGCAGUCGUCAGGACUGAAUUGGUACGUCCGCUGACCAAGAAUCACGUCUUGCGUUGUCUUGUUUGUUUAUCGGUUGUUGGUUUUUCGAAUGUCAAUGUGUUCAUUUGUUUACACCAAGGUGCACCUUGUAUCUCAGUUAAAGGUAAAGGAACAGAUAAUCUGACUGAACUACAUAUGCAUGCACAAUGAUUUUCUUUAUUAUUUUUUUUUUUUUCUGUUCUUCUCUGGUUCUGUUCUUCUAACAGUGAUGAGGGAAUUUGCCUGAGCAAGAAAGCAGCUGAAUGUCUGUGAUGUGUCUUGCAAACCUUUGUAGCCUACCUUUUUAUCUCUCAAGCACACGUCUUUAACCUUGCAGGAGUCCCUGUAAAGUGCCAUGCAUCUCAAAAUAUACAGGAAUUGUACUCAAGCAGUGUUACAAAGUUUUAAACUCAACAAUUCCCUUUAAUUCAUACAUGUCUGUUUUAGGGUUUUGUUUUUUUGUUUUUUUUUUCAGGACAGCAUGUUGCGUCCAGCCACAUGACCUGUCGUUACCUGGAAUUCCCGCUAAGCGCCGCUGAUUACUGCACCCCGAAUAUUCUACUGAUUGAAACUUUUUUACAUUUUUUGUUUUUACUAUAUUCUUUAAUAUCUGUCAGCUGUUGGACCUGCACCCACAACGAUCUGUCUUUCUGUGCCAGCAUGUUUUUCACAUUUUUUCACUCUGCAACUACAAACUCAAAUGUGUCGCUUGUUCUUCUUUUGUGACAGACCAACACAAAGUAGCGCAUCAUUUUUUUUUCUGCAGUUGUUUUGUUGUGCAUCUAAAGACUGAAACCUUUUGCCAAUUCUUUGCUCUAAAAUGGCACAACUGUGAAAUAACUUCAUGUUCUCAGUUAGAUUUAGAUAUAAGGCGUCGUAACGCACGAAUUGAGUCGUUCUCCUGGUUUCUUGUUUACUUUCAUCCAUUUUCUCGUGACCUCCGAUUGGCCUUCCUGUUCCACUAGAGAAAAGCCUCCCCGCUAAGUGCCGCCUGCAUCAUGGUCUCAUCGUCGGGACAGCGUGUUCAGGUUUGUACGAAGUGUUGGGAGUUCUGCCACAAAACGCUUCAUACAACAUUUUACAAGCAGGUGACUUUCCGAAAGCCGCUGGAGAAACCUCGAGGUCGUCAAAGUUUUGGACUUCACACACACGCCAAAUUUUUCUGCGCUAUUUUGUGUUGGUCCGUGACAGAGUGAAUUUAAUUUAAUCUGAAGUUUUUGUGGUAGUCGUGUAGCGAAAUGUGAAAAAGUUCAGUUGAAUAAUAAUGCUUUUUUUCAAGGUAGCGCAAGUUGCAUGCAGGCCUGGGCGAGAGACCAAAGAAUCUCUCUCUGGGAUAAAGACGAAAACAAUGAAAUAACUGCUGUGAGGCCAAACGGAAAUCUGUAAAGAAGAGUCUGCCGGUGGAGGAUUGAUGAUGUUUGUUUUCUUUAAAAAAAAAAAGAAAGAAAAAAAACAAAAACAGAAGUCGUUUUUCUUAUACAUGGUUAUGCAUAUUCUAAGACAGGUCGUCGAAGAAAAGUCGGUGUAGUGCGCGCGUGUAUAUAUAUGGUCCGACAUAUUUAAAAGUGUUUUUUUUUUUUUUUUAAUACCUGAGAACUGUUUUUCCAGAUAGUCAGCCAAAGUCUUUUUGUGUCACUGUUGUAAUGAGUAGACUAGACGGGCUGACUUCAUCAGGACGCCCAGCCCAAAGAAGGUUCGGGUGUUUAGAGUAGAUCUCUGAAACUGCUUGUUUGUUUUUUUUUUUUUUGUUUCUCUCGUGGUUGUUUGGGUGUUCUUCAGGCAUAUUUUAAUUGACGGACAAGGACGGCUUAAAAGCGGCAAGAAAAUGAAACCUGAUUGUAUUACUCAUCCAAAGCCUUAGAAUGUACCAUCGGGUCAGCACAAUGCAACACGCCAUUUUGAACCAUGCAGCUGCCUAAUCCACGCCAUAAUGCAACACACACAGAACACCACGUGGCUGUCAUGCUCGUGUUCUCCUAACCCUCUCUCUCCUUCUGAGACAAGGAGUGCUCAUUUUGUUUGGAAAAUACUUUGAUAUUAGUUCUUAAUUUUUAGUUUUGUCGAUGAUAUUUAUCUUUAUGAUAAUGAGUAUAUUAGGUACAGUGUGUGUGUGUGCGUGUGUGUGUGUGUUUCUGCGUGUGUCCUCCCAUCCAGAGUUUUUCCCGAAAAUUCCACGUAGUGUCUCUCUCUUUUUUUUUUUUUUAGUACGGUUACGAUUGUAAGCUCGAUAUUUUCUACGUUAUGCAUAUUGUCGAAGCGUAUGCAGUUUUUGUUCAUUUCUCUCGACUUUUUUUUGUUGUUGUGUGUGUUCUUUGAACAAAGAUGUUUUAUAUGAGUGUCUAACAGUGUUGACACAAUAGAAACAAGAGAGGCUCAGUUGUCACUGUGGCAACGUUCGUCAAUAACUGACUAAUAUUUUAACGACUGUAAGGUUUGUACCUAGUCCUAUAAGCGU